AUGGCUACUACCGCCACGGUGAAUAUUGUUGUGAAACCUCCUCCUUCGUCAAUCCCUUGUUUUGGUUCUCUGACGAAAGAAAUCCGCGCUCAAAUUGAAGAAAUUCAGAGUGAUUGUGGCUUAAAGGAGCCGCCAGCUUGGAACAAGCCUUCAGAUGUGGUGGGGGUGGCCGCCCCCGAAGUUGCUGCUCCUGUUAUGGGUGAUGUAUUCUGGCCUGAUCUCUCCGAAUCCCUCAAAUCUCUCCCCCAUGGAUCAAUCACUAUCACUAAACCAGAGGGAAUGGCAGCAGGAUCUCCGUCUUCGAAGAAAGAAGAAGAUGGUACUACUAGUGCAUCGGCCCCGAAUUCGGUGAAGCAGCGUAGCGGUGGUUCGAAUCAGAGCAGUAAGCAGGCUAAUAAUGGUAGCUUAUACCAACCGCCGCCGCCGCCAGCACAAGGAAUAUCGGUGGGCCCCGCCCUCCUCCUCCUCUUCCUCAACGAAGCUAUGGAAUCCAACACAGAGGAGUUAGGCCGCCCUUUAUCCGUGGACCACCACCUCCAAUUGCGCCUUUCGUUCCACCUCCGCCGCCCCCUCCUCCUUUUGGUCCCCGACCCAUUGUUAACCCCAUGGUUUAUCAAGGUGAAUUUGCUGUUUUUUUAUGGAAAAUUUGAUUUCAUUGAUGUUGUUCUUUUUGCUGAUGUUUUGAUGCAUCUUGCAGAUGUGCCACCGCCACCGCCGCCGCCGCCGCAUUUUUACUAUGUAUCUGGUGGACCUCCUCCUCGUCAAGAUUUCUUCAGGCCCAUGCCCAUGCGUAUGCCUAUGCUUCCAUUUCCACCGAUGUUUUUCCCAGUGCAAAAACCUGGCGUAUCGUCCCAGAUCUUGAAGCAGAUAGAGUAUUAUUUUAGUAAUGACAAUUUGGUGAAGGACAUUUUCUUGCGCCAGAAUAUGGAUGCCGAGGGAUGGGUUCCUAUCAAGCUAAUUGCAGGAUUCAGAAAAGUGAUGCAGCUGACAGACAAUAUUCAGCUUAUAAAGGAUUCCAUGCAACCAUCGAAUGUGGUGGAAGUGCAGGCUGAUAAAUUAAGGCGUAGAAACGAUUGGAGCAAAUGGAUAAUACUUUCGACAUAG